AUGCCUCCUCGCACGCGGCAACAGAAAGCCGCUGAGGCACUGGAACAAGACUACGGUCUCAACGCCGCAACGAGAAAUGUCAUCCAACCUAAGGUAGAGCAACCCCAAUCUGUACAACCGGUCAUGCCUAUCGCCACGGCAGACCCUUCUUUUGGGAUCGAUGUGAGAACGAAAUUUCCUGUUGCACGAAUCAAGCGCAUCAUGCAAGCAGACGAAGAUGUAGGCAAGGUUGCUCAAGCAACUCCCACGGCAGUUUCCAAAGCGUUGGAGCUUUUCAUGAUCACUUUAGUCUCUAAGGGUGCGGCAGAGGCAAGAGCAAACAGCUCAAAACGAGUCACGGCACAGCAUCUCAAGGCCGCACUGAUGAAGGAUGGGCAGUUCGACUUUUUGAACGACAUUUGUGAGGCUAUCCCUGAUGAAGGCUCCAAGAAAGGCAGGGCCAAGUCGGAGGCCAAGAGUGAAGAUAGUGAAGAAGAUAUCAGACCCAAAGGCAAAGGGAAAGGGGGGAAGAAGAGGAAAGCGGAAACUGACGAUGAAAGUGACUGA